GUCGUGCGAAACGUCACCGAUCCAUCUCAUCACUGAGCAGACGAUAAAUCACCAAGACGUCUUUCUGAUUCACACAGAAUAAACCUCUACCAUACGGGUAUCCGCAGUUCCAGAGCUAGUCCCUAAAUCCACCAUAGAUAUCUAUUCUGAAGGUGACCAGUCCAUCUGCUCUCUUACCAGCCCGUCCACCCAUUCAAUUUAUCUACUACCUGUCGUAGGUAGUUCAUGUCCAGAAUCAUCACCACCCUCAAGAUGUCCACCUGGAAGCCCAGAUACUUCGACAUAGGAGUCAACUUCUCCGACAGAAUGUUCCAGGGCUAUUACAAUGGCUCCAGCGUCGCCAAACACCCAGCAGACGUGGAUCGUGUCAUUGAAAGAGCCCAGCUCUUCCAUGUUGAUCGCAUGUUGAUCACAGCCUCCACCAUCCAGGAGAGUCAGGACCACUUCGCGUUGUGCUCCCGCUAUCCUGGAGCCUUGACUUCCACGGUGGGUGUCCACCCGUGCUCCGUGGCUCGGGAGUUCUAUGCUAGUGACGAGUCAGGCGAGCCUACAGAUACCUUGAAGCCAGAAGUCGACACUCUCUUGGAGCAAUUGAAGGAGUUGACAGUAGAGGGUCAUGCCCAGGGCCAUGUCCAGGCGUUUGGCGAAAUCGGCUUGGACUACGACAGGCUCCACUACGCCACCCAGGCCCAGCAGCAGACCAUGUUCCGUAAGCAGCUUGAGGUUAUUGCGUCGUUGAAGCACUUGGGGCUUCCGCUCUUCUUGCACAUGAGAAGUGCCUGCGACGAUUUCAUUAGUAUCAUCAAGCCGUUCAUGGACCAGGGUCUGCUUGGCCCUGGUGUGGUCCACUCGUUUACCGGGACUCAGGACGAAUUGGAAAAAUUGCUAGCUUUGGGCUUCUUCAUAGGUGUGAAUGGCUGCUCAUUGAAGACUGAAGAUAACUUGAAGGUGGCUGCGCUCAUUCCACCUGAAAAAUUGAUGAUAGAGACCGAUGCUCCGUGGUGUGAGGUCAGAAAAAGCCAUGCCAGUUAUAAGUACAUCACUGCCUACCCCAACCUCUUUUAUCCUGAGAUUGAGCCCGAGCCCAGAACAGAAGAGACCGUCCAGGACUUGCUGGAGUUGUCGCUAGCCAACGGAAACGCACCCAAAAAGGCCCAGAAACAAAAGCCAGCCAAGUCUCCCAUCAAGCUCGAUGAAAUCUUGCCAUUUCCUUCCAUCAAAAAAGAGAAUUUUGAGAAGCACGAAAUCAACGCUGCCAAAAUCCGCCAAGAACAGAAAGUUCCCGAGUCCUCUGUUGCCAAGGUGGGCGAGCUUGCUUACCCUCUCAUCAAAUCCAGAAACGAGCCAGUUUUUGUGGGAUACGUAGCGGAAAUCAUGUGUGAGCUUUAUGGCUACAAAACCGAAGAAGAAAAGGCCAAGUUUGUCGAUUUGGUCUAUGAAAACACUGUCAAGGUGUUUGGGAGAAAAUAAACUUGGUGGUUUGAUGCUAGGAGUUGCACUGGUGUGCUCACUGGCAUGGUAUCCUUCCACCAAAGGCUGAGAUCCACUACACACUCUCGAGGUAGUCCUAUUGAUUGAGCCUGACUAAAUUACUCUGACUCUCGAGGUAGUAUGUUAUCGAUUGAGCCUGACUGGAGUACACUACUAGAUUUGAUUGUCAUCUAUCAAUGGUGCUGUCGCUAUAUUACAUUAAUUUACAUAGAGUACAAUAGACACGGAU